UCUAAGCGAGCAACACGAUUGGUUGAGAGACUUGAGGGAUGCAGAGAAAGAGAGCGAGUGUGAUAGAGCAAGAGAGAGAGAGAUGAUCACCAGGGGAUGGAGUGAGUAAGCAGUGAGGGCUGGAGGGAAGGAGAUCAGACAGCAAAAAAGAACGUAGAGAGACAGAGAGAGAAAAAAAAAACAAGGAUAGAGGAACUAGAAGAAAAGACAGAUGUUAUAGCUGUUCUUUUUGCCUACUGACGCCCAAGCUGGGUUCAUCUCUGCAUGUGUGUGUGACGUGCACGGGUGUGUGUGUGUGUGUGUGUGUGUGUGUGUGUGUGUGUGCUUGUGACAGCAGCCGCAGCGGCAGCAGCAGUAGGGGGAGGACGGAUCAAAGAGAUUGUAGGACAUCAUGCAUUUAGCUGCCUAACUUCUCUGCACACACACCACAGCCGGCUAAACAAGAACACGCUCAUACUACACGCAUCUGCACGCAGCCCACCCCCCACACACACCACGCGUGUGUGGGGACAGCGCAGAUGAGGCAACCACCAAAGGGAGGUGUUGAUACUUCCAGAAGUGUUUGGUACGGGGAAAGGACAGCCUUGGUGGUCAUAGCCCAGCGGGAGCGGUCGUAGGUGGGGAAGGGUCGAACCGCCAACUGCCGCUACCACCGCCACCUUCGGUUUUCUUCAGAGCUCUGGAAAUACCAAAGAUGGACAAGUCCUUAAUCCUUCUCUUCCUCACGCCAGUGUGUGUUUCCUUCAUGCUGCGUUGCUGUCGCCGGGCUUGUCUGUCAGCUGCAGGGGGAUUCAAUAUCGUGUGGUGUUGAGAAACGCACACACUGAACACACCUGGAGAUCAGCUGUUCCGGGAGAACAGAUUCACUGAUACUGCAGUCUCUCUGCUGUGCUGAAGGAUGGAUUCAGGGGAAGACGAGUGCACACAUUUCCUGCAGUAUGUGGAGGACAGCGGUCUGAGGGCGUAUGAUGAGCUGGUUAUCCAGAAUGCCUCUGACAUUGCCCGGGAGAGCGACCGCGUCCGCAACCACACGCACUGGACAUACCUCCAGGAGAAAAACCAGAAGAAGAGACGGCAGGAAGAAGCUAUCAAGAGGAUUGGCGAGGAUGUGGCCCGUGUGACAGAAGGAGGGGGAUAUGCAGGCAAACACUUUCGAAUGGGCUUCAUGACGAUGCCGGCCCCUCAGGACCGCGUUCCUCCUUCCUGUGGGCCAGGAUUCACCGUACGCUCGCAGUCUCUGCACUCGGUGGGAGGGGGAGAGGAGGAAGGGAGUCCCACCUCGAGAAAACAGCCCCCGCCCAAACCCAGACGAGAUCCCAACACCAAACUCAGCACCUCCUCUGAGACCGUCAACACUGUGCUCAGCACUGGGAAGAGCGGGAAGGAAACAGAGAAGUUUGACGCAUCAAAAUCCCGCCCCUGCAGUGAGGAGUACCGUCGCAUGCCUCCACCCAAACCCAAACGCAACCCCAACACCCAGCUCAGCACAUCCUUUGACGAGUCUUACAUUCAAAACCACGGCAGCAAAGCUAAGUCUGCCUCUCUGCCGCGUCAACACAAAAAGAAGUCGGCAUCUCAGAAUCAAAGCCCUGCCCCCGACACUGAUGAUGAGGCAGAGCCUGUUUAUAUAGAGAUGGUGGGGAACAUCUUACGAGACUUCAGUCGAAUUGCCGGCGCUAAUGGCGACGAAGAGGAUGACCAAGGUGAAAGUGUGUACGAGGAGAUGAAAUAUCCUGCCUUCGAUGAUUUACCUUCGUCUUUAGACCACACGCAGUCGCGAUGGGAGCAAUAUCCCACUGCUUUGGUGCCGGAAGUCGAACUUACACGACCCACCACUCCACGUGGUUCGCUGUGUGACAUUCCCGCCCCAUUCCCGAAUCUGCUUUCCCAUCGACCUCCUCUACUAGUAUUUCCACUUGCACCAGCCCAAUGCUCCCCCAACUCUGACGAAUCCCCUCUUACUCCAUUAGAUGUCACCAAACUGCCCAUGAUGGAGAACGUCGGAUAUGGGAAACCUGGUGCAUCCCCAACUGGUGCCGAGCCUGGACCACAGCUGGAGGGGCAGCAGGUGUCUGGUAAACACCACCACCACCACCACCACCACCACCAUCAUCAUCAUCAUCAUAAGAAGUCUGCAGAGACUAAGGAGCAACAAAGAAUCACAGCAUCAGGACGAUCAUCUGCUCCUCCUCUGCCAUCCGCGCUUUAUAAAAGCGGUGGGUCAUCCGCGGCACACGGUUACCCAAGGAGCCACUCCGCCUGCCCAUCCCCCGUCAGUAUGGGUCGCGCAUUAACGCCGCUCACCCUGAAGCGCCCCCCGCCGUACGACGCUCUCAUGACCGGGACAAUUCCUCGCAGCGCAUCUGGAGUUCCACAUGGAUCACGUGAAAGCGGACGGCUCUCGAAUUCCUCCAGUGUGCAUGGAGGGUCCAUGCAAAACGUCUCCACUGCUUCGGGUUCAAGCUCAGGGUCGGGAGGUCGAGGCAGUCGUACACCAACCAGUCCUUUGGAUGAACUCAGCAACUUGUUCUCUUCCGGACGUAACAUGUUGAAGAAAGGUUCAGGAAGCCGCAAGAGUAAGGAGUCAGCGGAUGGUGAAAGUAAAGGCAGAAGUGAUAGCAGGGACAGAGCCCUUAGCAGCUCUUCUCCGAAAUCACAGGAUUGGGAAACGCCCACAGGACAAUCAGCCACGCCCACAGCCACGCCCAGUCGCUUUGGCCGCUCCUCCAUUAGCCCGACCACCAUGCUUGGAGAAACAAAAGCCGGGUGUAAACUUGGUCGCUCUGCAUCCACAUCAGGAGUCCCAUCCCCUGUGGGAACGCCUCAAAGACAUGCCCCCGAUGCCUCCGCCCAUCCGUGUGGGACACCGUUCCAGAUGCCCCCAAUGCCCUGGGCAUGUGGGGACAGCACCAUGAUGGAGAUGAUCGAGAAGAAACGUCAUCUGUGCAAGGAGAUAAAAGCCAGACAGAGACCUUCAGACAAAGCCCUGUGCAAACAGGACAGCAUGCCCAUCCUGCCCAGCUGGAAGAAGACCAACGGGGGCAAGAAAUUCGGGCCCCCUCCGUACUCCACCCAAACCACUGUCUUCUGGGACACUGCUAUAUAAAUGGUGACCAGCGAACUACAGCCAUGGAGACUGAGGGGGUCUGUCCAAAUAUUGAUUGACAAGCUAGCAGGAAGAAGGACUACACGAAAUACACAGUGAAGGAUUAUCAAAUCUCCAUGGUUACCUAUCACUGUUUAUAUUUGAUAUUUUUAUAUUGGAGAUAACUGUCUUAAUAUUAAAUAUGAUUAAUAUAAUUAGCGGUUUUAUAAAGAGGAACCCUCCAAAUGAGAUCUAAGAGUGAAAAUAGUACUUUUACCCAUGAGAUGAUAUUUGUCCUCUUCAAAAUGGUAUUUCUAUUUAUUUUCUAUCCUUUUUUGGGGGUGUUUCUAUAUUUGGCACUCAUCCUUGUGUCUGGGGAAAUAAUCUAUAAUGUGUGGUGAAAUAUGUGCAGUAAUUUCAUUGAGAAAACACGUUGUUUUUGAUGCCUAUGCAUUUGGUUAUACGGCAUGAACGGCGCUUUUGUUCAUUGUCUGUUUUUCAUAUGGAGAGUUUAUUUGAAAAUAAUAUUUUUUUGGUGUCUGUACUUUAAAUGUUGGAUUGUGAGGUGUCAGGCUGUUGUUUUUAUGACUUCUGGGUUGGACUUGAAGGUGAUCGGCUGGAUUUUGAGAUAUUAGUUGGGUCUGAUUAGUCGAAGUGGAUUAUGAGAUAAUUGGGUUAAAGAUUGGGCAGUUGGUCAGAUACUGAGCAUACAGUCAGAUAAACUGUGAGGGCACAUUCUGUUUUGCGAGGUCAGCUGGUGCAUUCAAUUGUGAGCACUGUAAACUCACAAACACACACUAAUAUCAGCUGCUUUAUGGACUAACAUUUGGUGCUGUUCAACAACUCUCUUGAAUGUUCAAUCUUAACAGCUACAUGACAGUCAUACACAUAAUAAACCUGGUAUGAAAUUAGCAUGGGCAGUUUGCAUGUAUUCAAUAGGUUUGCAAAUGGUCAGGGAUUGGAUGAUAAAAAUUCAUAAAUCUGGUCCUCUACCAGGUCAGAUAACAUCUCGAAUACAGACACCGUCCUUUUAUGAAGCGCUAUGCAGACAUACUGUCAGUUUACAUGCUCAUAUAUCACUGCGACACGAGUCAAGGGGCAGGCAAUAUCGUACUGAGACGGCUAAGAAAGAAAAGACCAGGCACACAUCAACUCUGCUUAGAUUCUGUGCAUCAAGGCUACAUCCAUAGCUUUACCACGCAAUCAAAGAGCCAUGCUGGUGCAUUCAAGCACACUUGACUUUAUGUGAACUAGUUAUCAUAAGAGUUUGCCCAAUAGCAAGCCAAGCACGGUCUUAACAUGGCAGGACAGUAAAAGCCUUUCUUUGUGUCUGUCUGGAAUCAGAUGAAACAGUUUGGGCGUGGUUGCCAUGGAGACACUGUGCUCUGUAGUUCCUUGCACUGCUGGGGGCGGGACUGUGAUGUCAUGCUGAAGUUCUGAUUAAUGUCUGCUCAGGUGUGAUCAAGCCACACCCCUAAAGAUGGGGCCGGUUGUUUGAAGCCCCUCCCCUCACUGCCAUCCCCAUCGCAUAAUCACACAUCUUAACCUGCUUAUUUAAUACACAUUAAAGCACCACAGAGACACUCUUCAAUGUAAACCACGUACACAUGUGCAUCAAAUACAAGCACUUUU